AUUGUCUUUGCUUCACUCUUUGCUAGCUGUCUCACUUAAAGUGACACGCGUAUAGUUCUUUAGUUGUUGUUUUUCAUGGAAAACUAAUAAUUUGUUAUUCAAAAUGAAGUUACCAAAUGUUAAAGACCAAAAUCUUCAAAUAGAUUGGCCAGUGUUGAAUAAAUUUCUGCUCUGUCUGCCUUUAAGGCAAGGCCUCAUAGCAUGCGGAUAUUUACAGUUGGUAGCCGUGAUCGCCAUCACUUGGUCGGCAAUCAUGAGGUUUGCUGACUACGCACCGCACAAUCAUGGCUUCACGCUGGUACAGAUAAUCAUCUUCUUUGUGCUCAUGAUGAUUAUAAACCUGCUUGACACCAUCUCUUCUCUCUUCCUGAUCAUGGGAGCUCAGAAGAAAAAGGCGAAUUUUUUGGAAGUGGUGUAUCACUACCUAAAAGCCAGGGUGAUGGUGUUCGCUGGUCUGCUGGUGCUAAGCUUCCUGAUGAAGUUGUUCGUCGUCAGCGACUACUGGUACUACAGGAACCUCGACCGCUGGUGGUACUACCUCCUGAUGGACAACCAAGCCUGUGGGGUCCUUGUUUUGGGUGUCUACUUCUACCUUCUGCUGCUGGUCAGGAGUGAGCUCAUCCACUUGGAGCAUCCGAUCGACUUCCAUUCACUCUGCAAGUGUUUCGGUACCACAGAGGAACCACUACAAUUCGUCCCGGACACUAAGCCAAUUGUUGAAAUUAAUGUUAAAUAAUGUACUUACCUACAUCAAAAGCCUAAUACGUCCCCCUCCUGGCCACAGGCCUUUCCUUAAUAAACCAGACAGGGUAUAGGCCAGAGAUUUGCGCAUUUAAGUACUGUUUAAGGGACCAUAAAAAAACACAUGUAUUAUGUUGUGUAGAAACAUACCCACAGAUAAAAAAUGGCUCUUUAUAAUUUAAUAAUUUUUAAUAAUAAUAAUAACGUUUAUUGCAUCAAUUCAGGUUAGGUACAUUGCAGAUUACAGUGCAUAAAAAGAGUAUCACCAAAUUCUACUUUUUCAAGCAUACACAGUGAAAGAACGGACGGUACAAGUUACAUUACGUUAACUACUGCCUAUAUAAUAAAAUAACAAUUAAUAAAAUAUCUUAAGCUACCCAUAUUCAUAAAAUAUUAAAACUAAAAUAACAAAACACCAAAAUAAAAAAAUCGAAAUCUAAAUUAAACAUCAAAAUUUUUAAUCUAAAUAUUCUUUGACGCUGUAAAAGCAUUUCUCCACAAGCAAGUCUUUUAACUUAAUUGUAAAAUCUUUAAAUUUUAAACUUUUUAAAUGUUCUGGUAGAUGAUUAAAUAUAUUUAUGCACAUUAUAUAACUAUUUCUAUCCACAAGUUUGAGUCUCGAUGAGGGUUUAUAUAAUUUGUUACGAUAUUGUGACCGUAGAACUCUCGUGUACACUUCGUGGUUUUGUGGAAACAUGCUAUUGUUUUAACUUUAUUUCAUUAUUAUUAUUUUUUUCAUUGUAAUAACUUUUAAUUUAAAUAUAUGGGACAUAAUUAUAUCUUACAAUAUAGGUACCUACCUGAAAUAAAUGCAUUUUAUUUCA